AUGGGAGCUUUCGCUUUCAGCUUACGCCCCAGGACCUCCCAGGGCGGGAUCGCACAGCACGGGACCCAGAACCCAGCCGGGACGAGGCGACUGGACCGCCUUCCGGGCCUACCGAUGCGAAUCAUCGUUUCACCACGCCAGAUCGACGACGAUGCGACUAAGCAAGACUAUGCAACUAUGCGACUCUGCGACUAUAACCGCGUGGUCGUUCGAGGGACCCGCAGACUUCUCGGCUCAACUCCCCCCCCCCCCUCCCUCCAACGCUAUUCUGGCCUCUCCUCGUCCAUCGAGCUUCCAGGAACACUAGGCCCGGAGCAGGCAGACCGGCAGAUCUCGACUUCCCCCCCAAGGUCCAAAGGCACCAGGCACCAGAUGGAUGAUUCAUAG